UGCAGUAAACUGUAGAGGUGUCAGCAUUUAGUGAGGGUCUGUGCAAGGCUCUCAGUGCUGGGCAGGAGGGGGCACAGGCUGCCCAUGUGGGUGCAGACCAGACAAGGACAUCCAGGACCUACAGCAUCACCUUAAAGGAUUGUUACCCUGGACUGGGGGGUGGGGGAAUCAGUGCAUUGGGGUCCCAGCUAAAAAUGCAGAGAUGUGACUGAGACCUGGAGCUGCCUGCACAUCAGACUUCCAUCUAAGUAAACAUGAAAACCCACCCAGCUGUUGUCCUGCUCCUCUUUUUCGUGAUUGGCUAUGGAUCUUCUGAAAAUUCCACAACGUCGAGAGGCUGUGGCCUGGACAUUUUUCCACGCUACGUGUACCUUUGCGAUCUGGAUGCCAUUUGGGGGAUAGUUGUGGAGGCCGUGGCUGGUGCAGGCGUCCUUACAACCUUGCUUCUUAUGUUGAUCUUAUUGGUAAGACUCCCUUUCAUCACAGAGAAGGAGAAGAAAAGUCCUUUGGGAAUACAUUUCCUUUUUCUUCUUGGAACUCUUGGAUUGUUUGGCUUAGCUUUUGCAUUCAUCAUACAAGAAGACGAAGCGAUUUGCUCCGCAAGAAGGUUCUUGUGGGGCGUCUUAUUUUCCCUUUGUUUCUCAUGUCUGCUUGCUCAAGCCUGGAGGAUCCGUAAGCUUGUCCGGCAUGGCAAGAGCCCAUCAGGCUGCCAUCUUGUUGGAAUGGUUAUGUGUCUGGUGUUGGUUCAAGUCAUUAUUGCUACCGAAUGGAUUAUCUUAACAGUCGUUAGGGAGAAGAAGAUGGCCUGCAGUUACGAGCCAAUGGAUUUUGUCAUGGUUUUAAUUUAUGUCUUGGUUCUCAUAGUGGUUACCUUCGGUCUCUCGCUUUUCACACUGUGUGGAAAAUUUCAGAAAUGGAAAAAAAACGGAAUAUGCCUUAUUAUUACAACUUUUCUUUCUGUCUUGAUAUGGGUGGCUUGGAUGACUAUGUAUCUUUAUGGUAACAACGAACUGAAGAAAAAAGACAAGUGGAAUGAUCCUACCUUGGCCAUUGCCCUGAUCGCGAGUGGAUGGGUGUUUCUAAUCUUCCAUGCCAUCAUAGAGGUCCAUUGUACCAUUCUACCAGCACAACAAGAAAACACAACAAAUUAUUUCGAUACGUCCCAACCUCGUAUGAGAGAGACACCUUUUGAGGAAGAUAUUCAGCUGCCCCGGAGCUACAUGGAAAAUAAAGCUUUUUCCAUGGAUGAACACAAUGCAGCCAUGCGGUCUGGGGGAUUUCGCAACGGAAGUUUAGGAAGCAGACCCAGCGCACCGUUCAGAAGUAACGUGUAUCAGCCUACUGAGAUGGCGGUUGUCCUCAAUGGUGGAACAAUUCCAACUGCUCCUCCAAGUUACACUGGACGACAUCUUUGGUGAAAUGCAUAUAGGUUCCAGAGGGAGAGGUUUUUCAGCCUCUGGCCCUGUCUUUGUGAGGGAGGAAUCAGUAGCAGGACACAGCCACACCACACUCAAGAGCUCUGGUAAUCCUAUCUAAUAGGGUUUAUCUAUGCGGGAACAGCUGUGAACUCUUGAAAUAACUACUAAAGAAGGAUGUUAUCACCGCUAACUCGAAGGUGCUCCACACACCCAACAAGAUUCACUUUUUACAGAACAACAACUGCGUUAAGAUGGAAAAUGCCACUUAAGUGAAGUGAACCCUGGUGGCUUAUGGUGCACUCGCACUGUAAAUCUAAAUUCUAAACCCUAAGCAUCACCACGGCUCUUCAGUAAUAACAAUUGGAUUUCCAUGGCUUAGAAGUUUAGGACAACAUUUUGAUCAACAAUGAGGAAUCCCAGUGAUGUUAUGCAAGGGCCAUAUUGCUGUAUAGAAGAUAUAAGUGUUUGGCAAGACAGAACUGCAAUAUCAUUCACGCUAUGACAUUCUAAAGGGCCUUGUGUUGGACUGGAGUUCCUUGGGCCCCCAGAGGAAAAUAUUCUUGGGUGCCAACCCCAUAUCAUCAAUAAGAUCUAAUAGGUUUUGAUUCAAAGAAACAGACCCUACUGGCAAUGUCUUGUCUUCAAAGGCAGCUCCAAAUGUUUUAUUUUCUCCUGGACCUUUGGAGCCCACUAUGGUAUCAGACCCUGGGCCCACAGGAGUAUACUCUGGUACUGUAGUG